AUGCUGUUCACGGCAGCGCUAAGUUACUUCUUGAUCUCAUGGAGCUCGAUAUUUCUUCUCGACUAUGUGUUGCGAAUUAAGAACUUCACACCAUAUGUGAAUUUCGCUAAUAAGUACGGUUUAGAAGUGGCUCCUUUCCAGCUGCGAAUAUACACUGCUCGUUACAACGAGGGAGCCUAUCUCCCUGCUUCGAAGGAAGUACCUGUGAGUCGAAAGCUGAGAUCACUGUGGUUCACAUUCGGUGCUGUGGCGGCACUUGUUUGUUUGGUUGGAAUCACCGUUUACCUCUCACAUAUUGUCUAUCGAGACACUUCCUACUUACUAUCACUCCGCCCUAAAGUGGCACCAUACAGGUCCAUUCCACAUACCGUUUUGGAAUCAACUUCACCAGAGAUCAAAGCGCUAGAUGACCUGCCCCCAUCACCGACAGAAGAGUACGAUGUAAUGGAGGCGUCUAGUGGAUCAGAAACUGGUCUCGUUCCGAUCAUUCCUGGAGUGAAUCUUCCAUGGAGCCACAUCCCGAUUUUCGUAGUAGUACUGGCAGUGGCAGCAAUAAUACACGAGGUUGGUCACUCAGCGGCGGCAACGACUUACAAUGUUCGAGUUAACGGUUUCGGAGUAUUUCUGCUUGGACUGUAUCCAGGAGCUUUCACUGACAUAGAUCCAGAGUCUCUGAAACGUAGCCAUCCUCGACACCGUCUGGAAGUUUUCGGCGGAGGCAUAUGGCAUAACAUAGUGUUGGCAGGAAUUGCGUAUGUGAUGUUUUUAUGGACUCCGUACUUUCUGGCGCCAUUUUUCGGGCAAGGUCAAGGAGUUACUGUGACAAGUGUCGAUUCUCGCUCCGGUCUUUACGGUGCUGGUGGCUUGGCAGUCGGAAACGUCGUGGUUUCCAUUGAUGACUGUGCUAUUCGAAAACACGAAGAUUGGAGAGAGUGUGUACGACAUUUAGAGAAGAACAGGCACGGGCAGUGUGUUCCACGUUCUACCAUUGAGGCUUCCUUGGCAACAAAGACCUCGAUGUCGUUGGAUGAGCUGCACUGCUGCGAUGACUUUGCAAACAUCACUCAUGCUCACAUGUGUUUCGAAUCAAUGUUGGAUGUGACAACGAAGCAUCUGGUUACGAAGGCACAGUCAUUGGAUCGGGUGCUUCGCGUUGGAAUUGUUGAACCUGCUCAAGAAAUCAUCCGUAAAAAACGUCAAAGAUCGCGACGAUUCAGUUGCCUCUCCGCCCAAUAUGUCACCUCUCAACCGACAUGCAGCAAUACUUCCAGCUGUGUAACGGGUGGGGACGGUGAGGAACGUGUUUGCGUGUUUGCAGCCCUUUACAAUGGUACGCAGUUGGCUCGAAUAACUGUGAGGAAUCAUGUAAGACCCGUCCUUUACGUGGGUAAUCUAGAUGAGCUUAUCAGCUAUGUGAGAAUCGACGGAUUAGUGGCUCGCUUCUCAUGGGUGCCACACUAUUGGGCGGAGUCUGUGGAGUUGGUACCGAAGUAUCUGUUCACGCUUUCACUAGCACUGGGCCUACUGAACAGUGUGCCUUGCUAUGCACUUGACGGGCAGUAUAUCGUGAUUACAUGUGUCAACUGGUCAUGUAAGAUGUUUUCGAGACGGUGCGUUUCAGUUUUGAUUGUUAUUCGCUUCAUGUCUAUGACUACUACUGUAUCCACCGACAUCUUUUUUUUAGUUAGCUGCUCGUUGAAAUCUCGGUUCCUUGAUGGGUAG